AUGUCGAAGGUUGUGAGGAGCGUGAAAAAUGUUACAAAGGGAUACUCAUCGGUACAGGUUAAAGUGCGAAAUGGUAUGGUGGUCUCUAUGAAAUAUCCUCGGAUGGAAAGACUGAUCUUGCCUCUAUCAGCUACAAGUAAUGAUCCAUGGGGCCCAACCGGCACCGAGAUGAGCGAGAUCGCGGCUCUCACAUUCAACAAUCCUACCGACUUCCAUGAGAUUAUGGAUAUGCUGGACAAACGGUUGAACGACAAGGGAAAAAACUGGCGUCACGUCCUUAAGUCGCUAAAGGUCUUGGAUUACUGUCUCCACGAAGGCUCAGAGCUCGUCGUCACAUGGGCAAGGAAAAACAUUUAUAUCAUUAAGACUCUGCGCGAAUUCCAAUACUUUGACGAAGACGGCCGUGAUGUUGGCCAAAACGUUCGAGUCGCUGCGAAGGAACUUACCGCCUUACUACUUGACGAAGAUCGUCUCCGGAGCGAACGAUCGGAUAGAAAACUCUGGAAAUCUCGCGUUGGCGGCAAUGAGGACGCCAUGCAGGGCAUUGCCGGAGGGAGCGACAUGGGAUAUCGACCCCCCCGUAGACGCGAACGUCAACAGCGGAACGCCGAAGAAGAAGAUCUUGAAUAUCGCCUUGCUAUCGAAGCAUCCAAACAUGAAGCUGAAGAGGAUAAGAAACGAAGAGAGAAAAAGUCGCGGUCGGAUGAGGAGGACGACGAGCUUGCAAAAGCAAUCAGGCUUAGCAAGGAGGAAGAGGAGCUCCGCAGACGUGAACUGGAAGAGAGCAAUGCCGCUUCCCUCUUUGACGAUACGACCACCCCAGCACAACCACAACCUACCGGAUACAACCAGGGCUAUCAGCAACAAGGGGCGGUGGAUUGGUUCGGCAAUCCUGUUGACGCGCAACAGCCAAUGUCAACCGGCUUUUUAAACAACCAAUACUCACAGCCUACUGGUUUCCAGUCGCAGCCAACGGGCUAUGCCAAUGGAUUCCCCAAUGGAUUCCAAAAUCAACCAUCAGCAUUUGACCAGUCCCAAUUUACACAGCAGCAAACUGGCUUUCUGCAACCUCAGCCUACCCUUCAGCCUCAACACACGGCUUUCAGCAAUAAUAACCCCUAUGGUAGUGAUAUCUGGGCCCAGCAACAGCAACAGCAACAGCCACCGCAGCAGCAGCAAAACGACUUCCUUCAACCUGGAAGCCACAAUCCUUGGGCUCAGACCCAACAGCAGCCGGCGGACGCACUGAAACCCGCCCCUACCGGAUCCAACAACCCUUUCGCAUCCUCGUUCACUCGCGCUCAAGCACAACAACAGUCCCAUCCGCAACAGACUGGGCCUCCAUCCCUCAAUACCCUUGCUGAACAAAGAACUGCUACGCAAGCUUCUUUCAAUAAUCCGAUAAUGAACUACCAAGCACAACAGCAAUUCAAUCCGCCUAGAGCAGAAGACCCGCAGCGUGCCCGCCUCAAUGCUCUCCUUGCGACUGGCGAGGGGCAAGAUACUUUCGGCAAUGUUGGUGACCUUCGUAUUCCCGCACAACACACAGCACCCGGGAUGUUCAUCAAUUCGGCCGGAUCGGGUCUGGAGACGCUUCGGGGAGCACAAACCGGCAACAAUCCGUUCCUAACUCAGAGUUUCACCGGAGUUCCGCAGCAAACAGGAUUUGUUGGGCAGCCAAACAAUAAUCCCUUUGGUGCCCGACAGCCCCAGCAGGGCGGUAGCUUGAUUGAUCUCUGA